AUGCCGUUGAGAAGCGUGAUCCGCAAGACGGCCCUCCCCGUUUCUCAUGCAGCUGCAUCAAUGGAAAGAGUAGCAAAAUGCCCACCGCAAUCUGUAACGGCGCCGGCGGUGCUACGGGUCAACACCCAAACAAAGAUGGCACAGUGUGCAAUGGCCUCGUCACGAAGUUGA